AAAAAAAGUGGCCCUUGCUUUGGCCUUUCUUUCUGUCUACAAAAAAUUGAGUACGGGCCACAUCUCUGAGCUUUCUUUUUUCAUUAUUUUUCUUGAAUAAGUUAAAGGCAAUUACCUCUUACCCCUUGUAAGAGCAAGGUUAUGGUUGCUCCAUCAUUUUAUUGACCAAAGCGUUUGUUAGCUUAAUCCAGGAUUCUAUUAACAAAUACGUUUGUCUAAAUGAACAUAAAAAUUAGGUCAAGACUGAUUCAAGCAUUUUAUUUCUCUCUCUCUCUCUCUCACUCUCUCACUCUCUCUCUCUCUCUCUCUCUCUUUCCCUCUUUCUCUCUUAUACACUUUAUUAUUUUUGUUUCAUUUCUUUCUACAUCGAGCCGAUUUACAUUCCUUCUGCUUCUUAUCAUCAUCAACAUUAUCAACAUUAUCAACAUUAUCAACAUUAUCAACAUUAUCAACAUUAUCAACAUUAUCAACAUUAUCAACAUCAUCAACAUCAUCAUCAACAUCAUCAUCACAUUUUCAUCAGUUUACAGGCUGAGUGUUGAGUGAGCAUCUUGCUCCCUUGCUCCUUGUUACUGUUACAAAGCCUUU